AUGUCUACAGAUAGCGCAGGCAACCUUACCACAAAUAAUACACAUGACCCAACUAUUUUUCAAAUCAAAGGGUUACUUAAAGUCAAGCUUUCGCAAUUAAAGUAUUUCACUUUUACAGUUAUUGGCAUAGCAUUGCUAUGGCCAUGGAAUUGUUUUCUAUCUGCUUCAGCCUAUUAUGGUGAAAGGUUUAUAAACUCACCUUCUUUGGUUAAAGUUUAUUCCUCGACUAUGAUGAGUGUUUCCACAAUUACCUCGACGGCAUACAAUUUUUACUUGUCCCAACGCCAGACAAAUGUCAAUUACAAUUUCAGAGUGCAAGUUGGAUUUUACAUUACGAUAUUUGUGUUUUUAUUUAUGGCGGUUUCAUGUGUAGCCGACUGGAUUAUUGAUAUGAACGACGUAGCAUUUUUCAUUGCUUUAAUGUUUAUGGUGUUGUUGUCAGCCAUGGCCACAUGUUUAGCUCAAAAUGGUACCAUGGCUAUAGUCAACGUUCUAGGUGGUAUCUAUGCCAAUGCGGUAAUGGUGGGUCAAGCUGUUGCUGGGGUUUUACCGGCGUGUGCUUUGAUUAUAUCAAUAUUAUUAGUUGGUGACAAAGCGUCAGAUCAGCAUCAUCGUGUUGAAAAGAACUACGGAGUAUUUGUGUACUACAUCACCGCUAGUUUAGUUUGUAUUGUUUCUUUGUUGCUACUAUAUUUGGUCACCUACCACAAGAAUGAAAUUGGUUACCAAAGACUCGAUCAAUUAGUAGAAGAAGACGAUUCUGGUGCAGUUGAAGAGCAAGAGACGGUCGACCCAAUACACACACAGAAGAAGUUUGUACCGUUUACGGUUUUAUGGGGCAAAUUAAACCUUAUUGUAAUGACUAUUUUUUUUACGUUCGGGGUAACCUUGAUAUUUCCUGUCUUUGCAUCCGUGGUAGAAUCCGUGCAUACCGAUUCUCAGUCAAGAUUUCUUAAUAAGAACAUAUACAUACCGUUCAUAUACUUGGUUUGGAACCUUGGUGAUUUGCUAGGUAGAGUUCUUUGUGGCUACCCAAGACUACAUAUGUUGAUUGAAAGUCCAAAAUCUCAACUAGUUUACGCUUUAUCACGGUUGAUAUUUAUCCCCUUGUUUUUGACAUGUAAUAUACACCCAGGCCGGUCCGAACCAUACAUCAAGUCAGACUUAUGGUACAUUGGUUUACAGUUGCUUUUUGGGAUAUCAAAUGGUCAAUUGUGUACCUCAGCGUUUAUGAUUGUUGGUGACUAUUGUGAUACUGACGAUGAAAAAGAGGCUGCUGGUGGGUUUACAACCGUGUUCUUAAGCACUGGCUUAGCGGUCGGCAGUGUAUUGAGCUAUUUAUUAGUGUUUGUAGUAAACUAA